GCCAACUACGUCAUACAUACGACCCAAAAGGGAGAGCUCCCUCCCAGCAAGCAGCUAACAGGUAAGAAGACUGGACGAAUGAGACGUAUCAAGGAAUGCAUGGCAUUGGGGAGCCCGAGCGAGGCCCAGGCGACGAGCAAUAAAAUCAUGCCAUCCUUCAUUCUUUGACCCCUCACACAUAACAUCUAAGCACAUCAGUCUACCGCAUCCAUCCGUUCCCUGGCAUCAGCGCUUCCACGAACGCGCUUCCACGAACCACAGCGAGACCGUUUAGGACACCAACGAUCGACGAGUGCGAUCAACACCCAGCAGAACCCUUCCGUCAUCAUGUCCAAGUCAAGAGCGCCUCUUGCCAUCGGCCUCGCCGCCGCCGCCGGCAUCGGCUACUAUCUCUACUCGGCCGGCGGUUCGCCGCGGGCGGCCGAGAAGAAGUUUGAGGGCGACGCGAACCACGUCGCGGGCAAGAUCAAGGGCGAGACCCCGCACCGCUCGAACGAUGUCGAGGAGCACGGCCGCAAGGUGGGGCAGGAGAUCGGCUCCAAGGUGGACGAUGCGGUCGCAACCGUCAACAGGGACCUCUCCAAGGCCAAGAACGAGACCGAGUCGUACGCAAAGGCCGCCAAGGCCGACACGCUCAAGAAGAUCGACGAGUUCGACCGCAAGGUGGAGGAGGGCACCUCCAAGAGCAAGGGCUAUUUCUCGUCCUGGUUCGGUGGCAAAUAGGCAUGUUUAGGCGGUUGAUGAUGGGCGGUUGGUUGGCUGUGAUCGAGAGCACCCCUCUGCUUUCCUUUGUUGUAACGUGAUGCUUUGCCUCAUUUCGGGUUCACCGCAGAUUUUUCAUGGGAGUUUGUGCGCAUCCAUCGUUGAGGAUAUCUUGAAUAGUGGGGGUAUAAUCAAAACACAUCAAACAACAUUUCAUAGC